AUGACUCGCAUUGCCAGCGUCAUUCGGAAUACGGCAGCGUCGGCGUAUAUUGCGAUCUUUGCCUCCAAUCCCUCCGUGGUGAAUUUGGACAAUGCCGUCAAGAAGAUCAUGGAGAGCGAUCUCAUCCAACGUCCCAACGGCAAUCCCAUCACUCCGAAGACCAUUUAUCACUGGUUGACCGGUAGAGAGACUAUUGCCUACUUGAGUUUGAAGAACAUGAAUCGUUUGAAGAAAUCCUACUCGAUGGCAAAAUUUGCCUGUGUGAAGAACGAGGGCCAAGGCCUCCGUGAUCGUCCAGCCUUCGUGGCCAUGGACGAUGGCACGGGCGCGCCGGUGCCCUUGACGGCGCAGCGUCUCUCGGUGUUCCUCUUGGCGCUGGCCUGA